AUGGUGUUUAUAAGUACAUUGCUUUCGUCUUCACUAGGGUCGCGAUUUUCAAACACUCUAGAAUCUCACCAAAUCGAUGAUGAUUAUUCAGAACAAUACGAUUUUGAUAUGGCGGAGCUGUCGUCAUCAUCAUCAUCAUCACUGUUACCACAGCAUCAACGACAGACAUCAAGUACAAACUUAAGUUCAGGGUUGCUGUCAUAUCCUGAUAGGAGGGCCACAGAAACUACAGCGGCAACUGCAACGAUAAAUACAACUAAUUUCUCAUCCCCGCCUUCGCCUCCACGACAAUCAUUAGCUUUAAUACCUUCUCAGCCGUCAACGUGCAUAGAAGUUACAGACAUGGAUACAAGGUUUCCACCAAGCUCUGGUGUUAUAAACCAAUACGACCCAUUUGAAGAAGUCCCAUCUUAUGAAGCAUCGCAACGAAUGCAUAAUCAAUCAACCAAUAGCAACAACAGUAACAGCAACAGAAAUAGCAGCAUUGCCCAUAACAAUGAUAGUUAUCUCACAGAAGAUGUUUCACAUAUUGCUCCUGCGACACAUAUAUACACCCCUAUUCCGUCAUUGCCAAUUCCUAUUACAUCAACCUCAACUGGGAUUUCUUAUGGUAAUUCUUUCGAUGUACCAGUUAGUAACAACAAUAACAACAACAGCAGUAGCAACAACGAUAACCGUAAUGGCAACAGCAGUAGUAAUAGCAAUACAUCUAACUCCACAUUGCGAGGGGGAAAUAUUAAGCGAUCAUCUAUUAAACAACUAGGUUUGAAGUUUUUGAAUGCACGACAACAUUUUUUACUAGCUUCGUGUCGUGAUGUGUCAUUGAUCCCUCCCUUGAUUGGACUAAUACGUUCAUGGAGAAUGAUUUAUAGCAAUGACGCCAGCGAGUACAGUCAAGUUCUUAAUGGGGAUGGAGUGACAUUAAUUCGAGGAUCAGAGCAUUUUUUAACUGGGCUUUGGUGUAUUGUUGCUGGUUAUUUAUCAUAUUCGAUAUUGGAUUCAUUGUUGGUUCGAUGGAUAAUGACAUAUCUGACGUCAGCAGCGAUUGUGAGAGUACUAUCGAUGCUGACAAUAAUUAUCACCAUAGAACUAUAUUUGAUCAAUACCACUAGUGCUAUUACCGACUACGGAUUGCAUAUAUGGAUAUUCAUUAGUUGUGUGCUAACAUUCACAUAUAUUGUGCAGAAUUUUGUCACGUCUAAUCUAGAGUUGAUCAAUUACUAUAAGCGUACGACGAUCCAUAAGCGGGCCAGGUUUUUUGAUUUCUAUAACAUUGUUGUGUUUGCUGUUGUCCCCGUGGGUUUGGCUAGCUUUGUCACUAUGGUGGGGCUAUUGCGGUCCUUGUUAUUGUUAAGAAUUCAAAUUGAUAGCAAUAAUAAUGCCAAUAGUAUGGUCAAUCUUGAUGGUGUAUAA